CCGGCCGCGCCCUGCCUGCCGCACUUCUCCUUUCUCCUGUCGCUGCAGUAGCAGCUGCACGCCGGGUCCCGAUCCCAGCACCAUGAGCUUCGGCUCGGAACACUACCUGUGCUCUUCCUCUUCGUACCGCAAGGUGUUCGGAGACGGCUCUCGCUUGUCCGCGCGCCUUUCCGGGGCCGGCGGCUCGGGCAGCUUCCGCUCACAGUCGCUGUCCCGCUGCAAUGUGGCCACCUCGGCCGCCUGCUCCUCGGCCUCCUCGCUUGGCCUGGGCCUGGCCUACCGCCGGUCUCCGGCAUCCGACGGACUGGACCUGAGCCAGGCGGCGGCGCGCACCAACGAGUACAAGAUCAUCCGCACCAACGAGAAGGAGCAGCUGCAGGGCCUGAACGACCGCUUCGCGGUGUUCAUCGAGAAGGUGCAUCAGCUGGAGACGCAGAACCGCGCGCUGGAGGCCGAGUUGGCCGCGCUGCGGCAGCGCCACGCGGAGCCGUCGCGCGUCGGCGAGCUGUUCCAGCGCGAGCUGCGCGAGCUGCGCGCGCAGUUGGAGGAGGCGAGCUCGGCGCGCGCGCAGGCCCUGCUGGAGCGCGACGGGCUGGCCGAGGAGGUGCAGCGGCUGCGGGCGCGCUGCGAGGAGGAGAGCCGCGGGCGCGAAGGGGCCGAGCGCGCCCUGAAGGCGCAGCAGCGCGACGUGGACGGCGCCACGUUGGCCCGCCUGGACCUGGAGAAGAAGGUGGAGUCGCUGCUGGACGAGCUGGCCUUCGUGCGCCAGGUGCACGACGAAGAGGUAGCCGAGCUGCUGGCCACGCUGCAGGCUUCGUCGCAGGCCGCGGCCGAGGUCGACGUGGCUGUGGCUAAACCAGACCUGACUUCGGCGCUGAGGGAGAUCCGCGCCCAGUAUGAGUCCCUGGCCGCUAAGAACCUGCAGUCAGCCGAGGAGUGGUACAAGUCUAAGUUCGCCAACCUGAACGAGCAGGCGGCGCGCAGCACCGAGGCCAUCCGGGCCAGCCGUGAGGAGAUCCAUGAGUACCGGCGCCAGCUGCAGGCCCGCACCAUCGAGAUCGAGGGCCUGCGCGGGGCCAACGAGUCCUUGGAGAGGCAGAUUUUGGAGCUGGAGGAGCGGCACAGUGCUGAGGUGGCUGGCUACCAGGAUAGCAUUGGGCAGCUGGAGAAUGAUCUGAGGAACACCAAGAGUGAGAUGGCACGCCACCUUCGGGAAUACCAGGAUUUGCUCAAUGUCAAAAUGGCCCUUGACAUUGAGAUAGCAGCUUACAGGAAACUGCUGGAGGGUGAAGAGACACGUUUUAGUACCAGUGGAUUAAGCAUUUCAGGGGUGAAUCCACUUCCCAAUCCAAGUUAUCUGCUCCCACCUAGAAUCCUCAGUUCUACAACCUCCAAAGUCUCAUCCACUGGGCUGUCACUUAAGAAAGAGGAGGAGGAGGAGGAGGAGGAGGAGGCUUCUAAGGUAGCUUCUAAGAAAACCUCCCAGAUAGGGGAAAGUUUUGAAGAAAUACUGGAGGAGACCGUAAUAUCCACUAAGAAAACCGAGAAAUCAAAUAUAGAAGAAAGCACCAUUUCAAGCCAAAAAAUAUAAUUUCAUUGCUUAAAAAAAGUUAAUGCUUUAGAGGGAAUAAUAUGCAUUUGACCUGUUAAACAGCCUAUUCCUGAACCAUAACACCUGCCACCACUAUAAAAUGUCUUCAAGGCUUCAGCCUCACACUUAAUAUUGAAUAUUUACUUUCUCUAAUAAGAAAACCACCCCUUAGAUUGAAGUAAACUGCAGUGCUGGAGCAGUCACAGAGGAGUUAUCUAAGAAUACAGCUUUCUCACCUACAGGGCAGAUUUCACAGUUAUAGAUGAUUCAGGUGCAGAGGAAGUACAAACUAAGGUGCUAAAUCUGUGAUCAUCAUCAUUUGCUGUGAACUGAAAUUAAAACUGUAUUAUUCACUAUGCCCUGCCAUGACCCAGCUAUAUAAUCUUACUCUAGAUGGCUAAAACAAGAUCACUGCCAAAGAUAAAACCAAUGGUCCAUACCCCAUUCCCUCGGAUAGAACUGUUUCAGAAAUGAUAGGUGUUUGUUUCAUGGACACUUUCCUUUCUACUCCCUGCCCCCAAUUCCAUAUGUCCUUUUCUUCCAUCCAGGAAAAAAAAAAAAAGGCUAAUGGAGUUUUCUUCCCUUUUAAAUACAUCAUUUAGGUUCGUUCCAGAGAACUUAACCCCUUUAGCAGUCUUGCUCAAUGGAUAAAGUUAGAUGCAUGUCGACCAUUUCUAUGAUUCAAGUAAUGACUUAUCCCUGUCCAUUUCAUAUUCUUUCGAUUCUGUAGGUUAAACAAAAAUGGCAGUGAUGAAUUUUAAGAGUUUCCCCCCACAACAAGCAAAAUAAUGAAAAGACUAUCUAGAUGUUAGGCUUUCAGCUUAUUUAUAUCCAUUUAAUUAGGGGGGGAAAACUGUUAAAAAAUAUAGCUUUUCACUUUAAGUUUAGAAGCACAGUAAUAGUUAUCCCAAACUGUGAUUAAGCUGACCUUAGAUUUAAUAGUGUAAUCUAGAAGAAGUGAGUGUUUCUAUGAGUGGAAAAGGACAAGGUGUCAUUUAUCUGUGUCAGUUCAUUUGUGGUGAUAUAGAAUUAGCUUGUUCAUGCCCUUACCCUGAGAAUCCACAUAUUUCUCUUCCCCACUAGUCCAGGUCCUGAAGAGGCCUUGCUUCCACUCUCCUAUGCCUUUUAAGAGUGCUCAGUGUAGGAUAUUUUAUCACCAGGACAUAAUGCUACUGCCCAAAAAUAAAAGAAAUCACCUCUGGUCAAUCAACACCACCAGCAAAUAUGAAAAAUAUCUUUCUCUUUUCUAAGAGUGUUGCCCAACAUUUUCCCCAUUGCUGCACAGUUGGUUAGAUCUUGCAGGAGAGGAAGAAACAGCCCAGAGAAGGGGGGUGUCCACGCUCCUGCUCACGUCCUGGGAAGUAGAUUCUGGAGAGUCAACUUGUCAUCUGCCCAACUGUGUAGCAUCUGCAUUGCCCAGUCUUUCUCUUGUGCAAAGUUUGACGCAGGAUUUGUUCUCUGUCAGCAGUCACUUCUACCACAGCUGAAGAAUGGUCCCUGUCCCACAUCCUCUUUAAGAGCUCUGUGGUGAUAAGGACGUGAUGCUUUUACCGAACUUUCUUAUCCUAGCACAUGCUUUAAUAGUUUAAGGAACAUAAAAGAUACUUUUCUCUUCUUCCUUUCCCUUACCCCAUCUAUCCUAUCUUUGCUCAUCACACUUAUUGUAAGACAUUAGUAAAAUAAAUUAAAAGUCACAUGAAUCCCACCAA